AUGGGGAAGAGUCGUGAGAAUCGAGUGUUCAUGUCCGCAUCGUCCAGUGGCGCGCUGCGCUAUCGUCGCAAGGCCCUAGCGCCCGCCGACAACCAGCAGCCGGAGCAGCAGCCAGCGGGCCCCAAACAGCUGCAGCAGCUUAAGGCUCUGCCAAAUCACAGUAACAGCAACGGCAGUCGGAGCAGAAGCAAUAGGUCGUCACCCGUUCUCCACUUCCAACCCAAGCUUCGGCAGCCAAAGCAACCCACGCUGCUCAAGCAUCUACUAUGGAAGGCUAAGGCUGGGCAGCCCACGCCAUCAUUGCUGACAUUGACGCAUCAACAACAGAGAAGCCGCGAUCAGGAGGAGGAAGAGGAUUACGAAGAUGAGGAAGUAAUUUUUGCCAGAGAGCAGCGGGAGGCCUACAAGCUGCUGGCGAGCGAAGCGAGUGCGUUGGCUGCCACUAAGCUGAAGGCGAUGGCUACGUUGCCAUCGUCGGAAUUGUUCGCGAGCGAAUCCUCCAGCCAGGAAACGCAGAGUGGAUCGGAGGAGGAGGACGUAAUCUUGCCCUAUAGCGAUAUGUUUACGAUGGUACAGCUCCCAGCUGAGUGGCAGGUCUACAAGGAGCAGGAGGACAAAGCAGCGAUGAUCUAUUGCAAACACCGCUGCAGCUACCCCGAGCGGGCUGCUGAUACCGCGAGUGUGUGA